AUGGCUCUGAGCAUUGUGGGGAGUUCAGUGGUUUCCCUGCUGGACUUGGGAAAGGUCAACUUUGUAGUGUGCCAACUCUUUGCCUUGAUAGCAGCCGUUUGGUUUCGAACUUAUCUACAUUCAAGCAAAACUAGCUCUUUUAUCAGACACAUAGUUGCUACCCUUUUGGGCCUUUAUCUUGCAUUUUUUUGCUUUGGAUGGUAUGCCUUAAAUUUUCUCAUACAAAGUGGGAUUUCUUACUGCAUCAUGAUCAUAGCAGGAGUGGAGAGCAUGCAUCAAUGUUGUUUUGUGUUUGCUUUGGGAUACCUCACAGUGUGUCAAAUUACUAGAGUCUAUAUCUUUGAUUAUGGACAAUAUUCUGCUGAUUUUUCAGGCCCGAUGAUGAUCAUUACGCAGAAGAUCACUAGUCUGGCUUUCGAGAUUCACGACGGGAUGUUCCGGAAGGAUGAAGAACUGACCCCAUCGCAGAGGGGAUUAGCUGUGAGGCGCAUGCCGAGUCUCCUGGAGUAUGUAAGUUAUACCUGCAACUUCAUGGGUAUCCUGGCAGGCCCUCUCUGCUCUUACAAAGACUACAUUACUUUCAUUGAAGGCAGGCCAUCCCACAUGUCACAGUCAAGUGAGAAUGGAAAAGAAGAGCCACAGCAUGAAAGAGCAGAUCCAUCUCCAAACGCAGCAGUUACGGAGAAGCUCCUAGUCUGUGGACUCUCUUUGUUAUUUCACUUGACCAUCUCCAACAUGCUACCCGUGGAGUAUAACAUCGAUGAGCAUUUCCAAGCCACUGCCUCAUGGCCAGCCAAAGCCACCUAUCUGUAUAUCUCUCUUCUGGCUGCCAGACCUAAGUACUAUUUUGCAUGGACCUUAGCUGACGCCAUUAACAAUGCUGCAGGCUUUGGUUUCAGAGGAUAUGACAGGAAUGGAGUGGCUCGUUGGGACUUAAUUUCCAAUUUGAGAAUCCAGCAAAUAGAGAUGUCAACAAGUUUUAAGAUGUUUCUUGAUAACUGGAAUAUCCAGACAGCUCUUUGGCUCAAAAGGGUGUGUUAUGAACGAGCGACCUUCAGUCCAACAACCCAGACCUUCUUUCUCUCUGCCAUUUGGCAUGGGGUCUACCCAGGAUACUAUCUGACUUUUCUAACAGGCGUGUUAAUGACGUUAGCAGCUCGGGCUGUGAGAAGUAACUUUAGACACUAUUUCAUUGAACCCCCUCAACUUAAGUUAUUUUAUGACAUCAUAACGUGGGCAGCAACACAAAUAACAAUAAGUUACACGGUUGUACCGUUUGUGCUUCUUUCUAUAAAACCGUCAUUCACAUUUUACAGCUCCUGGUAUUACUGCCUUCACAUCUGCAGUAUCUUAGUGUUGCUGUUGCUGCCCGUGAAAAAAUCUCCAAGAGGAAAGAGCACACAGGAAAAUGUUCAGCUCUCACGGGCUAAAAAGUUUGACGAAAGAGAAAACUCUCUAGGACAAAACAGUUUUUCCUCGACAAAUAACGUUUGCAAUCAAAACCAAGACACUGCCUCUAGACACUCAUCAUUAACGCAGUGACUGGGAGAGCGCAUGAUGGCUGUUUCUCCGCCUGUGAACAGAAACCAGUCCGGACGCCUUUCCAGAGACUAACUGGGUGGAGAUGGGACAGUCUCAGAUGGGGAUUUCCUGUACACCAGAUUGGAAACGGAAUGAAAUAACCCUUCCCAUGCCAAUGUUCCUGUGGGUCACGCCUUACACAAAAUCUUUCCAUGUUUCAAUAGGGCACUCAGAUGUCAGCGUAUGCCCUCCAGGUCAUAUGUGUGCCCUGUUGUUGAAUGUACAUUGCGUAUCCCAAGGCACUAAAGAGGUGGAAAAAUGAUCAUGUCAAUCUGGAUGAUUGAAAGGUUAACUUUUUCCAAAUGAAUGUCUUGCCUUAAACCUGUCUCCUAAAAUGUUGUUCCUGGAUGUUAUUUUCAAGUGUAGUAUCGUAAGGAGACAAUUUCACUAUUUGAUGUGGUGCGCUGCAUAGUGGGAUUGAGGAGGAGGAGGUUAAACCAGAUAUUUAAGAUUGUGGGUACUUGAAAAAUGCAAUAAACAUCUCAGUAUUUGGAGGUUUUUUUGAGGUAGCUCCGAGGGCUGUGUACAUGGUAGAGCUGUAAACAGUCAGGGCUGUUAAAUUACAGGUAGCUUAUUCUGCUGGGAACUUAAUUACCUGGUGUCAGUUAGGGGGCCCUUUCAGGAGGACUUUCUUAAACAUAAUUAAAGGUUGGCAAUGUGAUAUUUUAGGCUUAUUUUCUUAAGAAAAAAAAGUAAGAGGGAAGGCGAGGAAAGCAGUCCUGAAUGAAGAAAGCACUGUGUGGUCUAGAGCCAGAGGCUUCCUCCUUCCGUGUUCAAGAUCAGUGUGACUGUGUGGGACACAAAAGUUUAGUAAGUUGAUAAUACUGUGGACUUUCUGAAGAAAUUUCUCGAGUAUAAAUUACAUAGAAUUAGAAGAGAUUAUAUGAGUAACAGUGGUAGAUUAUUUGAAGAUUUUGAAAGAAAUCUCCAGUGAUUAAGGUUAUUGUAUGGUUCAUAGGUUUCUCGUCCCUUUCAUUUUCAUUGCUAUUUGGGAAAGAUUUAUGGGAAAGAAAACUUAGUUGCUGAGUCUAAAUGACAUUUUUAAAAAUUAAUAAAUUAGUUUCUACAUUCUUCAACUUCAAGCAUUAAAAUUCUUCCGUUAAACUCUUGUUAAAAUGGGUGUUAGAUUCUAUCAAAACAAAUAUGUAUUUUCCUCUUAGGGGCCACUCUUGCCUUGAGUGACUGGGUAUGUCUUUGAUCCAACAGCAGUGUACUGUGGGCUACAGCUGUAAGUGAGGAGAGAAUUUGAGGCUGUGGAGCUGAGCCAUAGACUUGUGAGAGAAAAACUGGGCUUUUGGGCCUCUGUUAUUUGACCAAUCUUUUUGUGAAAUUUGUUUUGGUUUUGCCUUAAAUUUACAAAUGAAAUGCAAAUUAUCAGUUUACAAUGAGUUUUUUUUUGUUUGUUUUGGUCACUAGUACACUUAUGAUUAAAGUUGAAGAUUUUAGUGGAAGAAGAAAGGCAUGGGUGGUACAUUUGCUUUUCUGAAGGCAGAUUGUUUGCAUCUGAUUAGGAGAGGAGGGGGGCGGUGCACACCCCCACUCCCAGGGAAGGGGCCCAGUAAAUACUUUUUCUUAGUUUUCCCUUGUGUUGAAAUCAACCUAGCUGUAGAAUUUGAGAGGAAAGAAAAGUGUUGAUGGAGAAUAUCCGCCUGCAAAUGUCUCUGCAACUUCAUCAGUACCAUGGAGAAUCCACUCACUAUUAAAGAAAGCUAUCAAAUUCGGAGCUUAAAAAACAGCCCUAGGCAUUUCAUAAGUGAAAGCUGGAGACCCAGUAGAAACUGCUGAAGGCUUGCCAUGUCUAUCUAGCUGCUUACAAAUCACCCCCAUUUAUUCCUGUUACCCAAACACAUUUUAUUUCUAGGCCUAUGUACACUUGAGUCACUGUUGCCUGUUUCCUCUCAAGGAAUUUAUAAUCAUAGUACUAUCAUUCAAAAAGCAAGACAAUGAUCAUUGUUGUAUUUCAGGAAGAUGAUCCACAGCUCACUUUCAAUUUGACCCAAAGCCUAUAUAGGAACAAGAAAAUUUCCAAACUCCCCAAAAGGCAGUCUGAGAUCAUAUUUUAUUUUAUUUUAUUUUAUUUUUGGGUGGCUGUCUUCUAAUUUGGAGAAAUAAUCACGAUUAUGCAAUCUAAAAUAAAAUAAAUCAAAUUCUCAAUUUUUCUCAAAAAAUUAUAUUCUAUAAAAUGAACAUCUGGUUGGGAUGUUUGUAAAGAUUAUUUUGCUCCUACUUAGGAUUUAGACUAACAUUUGUGCUACUGUUAAUUGUGAAGAGGUCAUUAUAAUAUGUGCUUGAUGCGUCUUAACCAGCAGAACAGGUUUCAGUGUGUAUUUAUAUUGUUUUUCCAUCCCUGGAGUGUCAUGAAGUCACUCUAGAAAGGGUCACUCUACAUCCUAUUUAUACUUCUGUUUCGUUAUAUACUACUCAGGGAAAAUAGAACAAAAAAUAUUCUUCCCUCAGUUUCAUUUCCUUGAAACAAUAAUUGUUAAUUUGGUGUGUCUCCACUCAGUGUUUUUAAUCAGAACUCAGAGUGACUGGGGAAGCUUGGUUAGCCUCUGGAACACCUAAAGAUGGAGAGAAGGCUCCUGGGCUUUGGGGGUGCCGGUCAUUUUGUCUUAGAAUGCUGGUCCCUACCACGGAUGACACCUAUACAGGGCUUUCCCACACAUGCCACUUUUGAAGUCGCCAUCUAGAAAGGGACAAUAGCUUCCUCUAAGUACCAACUGGCCUGGCUGGUCCUCUGGCUCUUGCCUAAGGGAGGCCCACCCCUCAACUCUCCAAUCCUGUAGGGUGAAGAGCAAAGAGAAGGGGAGGUCACUGUCUGAUGCUGCUUUUUAUUACUAGAGCUUAAGGUGCUGACUUAAAAAAAAAAAAAAAGGCUGUCUAGCAACAGGAAGAAUACCUUUUAAUCCAUUAACUCAGAGUGGGUAGCAAUAUGCCAUUUCCCCUUUGCUUUCUCUGGUUUCUGUUUCUGCUGGGUAAAACUGGAGAGGAUAUACCACUAAACACUUCCCCACAUAUAUUGCUGGUUUUACUGGACAGGAUUUACCAGCCUGUAUCUCCUCAACAAUGAAUUCAUUCAGAGAAUCUAGUUAUUCUGUAUUUUAAAUGGCAGAAAGCAAUUUUAAAUUGCCAUCAAAAUAACCAUGAAAGUUUUAUUUUUGAAGAGUAGAUUAAACAUUUAAGACCAGUGCUUUUCCUGUUUAAAACCUGUACCUCCUCAGUGUUCAACUUGUAUAUUGAUGAGUAAAUCUGGACAGUAAUACUUAUGUUCAUAAGUAUGAGCUCAUUGAUUCUAAGAGUUCUAUAUGAUAACUGGCACAUUCUUGAGAGAGUAGACUUGUCUAGAGUAUUUGCCACUGCUACGUCCCCAUUGAGGAUUGGUCUGCUCAAACGCAUAGUUACAAACCAGUAUUUUGAAGGGUUUUAUUCAGUCUUUAAUAGUCUGCCCUGGCUGAAAUUCAACACACCCAGUUUAACCGAGGUGCAGAAUUCUAGCUUAACACUGUGACUGCUGUAACCUUACCUGUCCCAAGGACCAUAUAUACCUGUUACACUCCACCAGUCGGAAUUUGAGGAAUGGCUGAUCAUUUAUACACUUGCCUUGGAUGCUAAAUUUCUGCUUCCCACUGCCCUUGGAAAAGAAAGUUUGUAUCAGUGAGGCUUCUGAAUGCAGAAGGGAGAGAUUUGCGUCUAAAACAAAUCUACUCUGCAUUUCAGAGUUCGAUGGAUUAGGAUGUAGCCAUUCCCUACAGUGAUUUUUCUGUAACACCAAGUCGUCAAAUCUAUUUGUAGCGAGUGACUCUCCUUACGGAGGAAAAUUCAAAGUGGAAUUUCCCAUGUUGAUAUUUUCUAAGGAUGCUCUUGUAAUCAAUGACUCAGCUGCUUUUUAAGGCUCUUGUUGUACAGAGGGUGCAGCCCAUUACGUUUUAAUUAGUAGGCUGCUCAAUAAUGUUUUGUAUGUUCUCAGAUAACAAUUUAUUUUAAUAGGUUUUUAACACAAUGCAAACUCCAGUGAAGAACUGACAAGACACUCCGUAGGUCAUCGAUUGGGGAGACUCUGUCAAACAGAACCUAAUGACACAUUUAUACGCCAGCUAAUUUGUCUUGCCUUUAAAACUGGUGGUGACUCUCAAUGCCAUUUUUUAUAAAGCAAGGGACAGCCUAUCUGUUCUAUAAACAGCACUUCAAAGAGCUAUGUAGAACCACUGCCUGAAACUGAUCCAGUGAUACACAGCCACCUCUAGCUAUGCUUUCUUACAUUUUGCUACUGUAACUAGCACUGGAAUAUAAUGUAAAGCCAAAAGUCACAGAGCAAGGGGAAGUCAAAUGACUAAGCAGUUUCUCGGAUGCCUGCCUGAAAUGGAAGAGUGGCUGGUUGCUGCCCUUUGCCAUCUGUAUGUCACUGCUCCCUGCAAGGGCUCUGUUUUGGGCUAACUUAUUUGGGAGGUUGUUUUGUUAAUGAUCUUCUCUGUCCUUUCGUGGUGGUGGGGCACAUGUAGAGUGUUUGACAGACUUAAAAUAUGUCUCUUUCCCCAUUUUAAAUGUCUUUGGUUCUGUCUACACCCGUCUGUCAUUGAAAUCCGUUUGCCACCGACUUGAUCACACAUAAAAAGACUCCUGUCUUGAAUGAAAAUACAGUCUUUCUUCUGUCACCUUUAUGCACAUGAAGGCACCUCCACACCAGAAGGAGAGCCACGUGAGGCAAUAGGAAUGAAAGGGGCAUGGAUUCCUGUGACCUGAAAGUCCCAUCCUGUUAAGGUGAAGACUCCUGGCUUCACCUCUGCCUUCCCUUCCAGCUGAGGGCUGGCAGAGUCCUUCUGACCCGAGAGAAGCCUCGGCUCCCACAGCCAGUGUUCACAAUAUUUCCUUUUGCCUUCCCAGGUGGAGGCUAUCAUAUGGUGGUCUGUGCUUUUUUUUUUAUUAUUAUUAUUCCAAAAUAUUUUUUAAAAGAAGUGUUAUUUUUCAACUGAUCCACAAGUCAGUUCUCAUUGUACGGUGAAUUGAAACCAUCACUGUGUCAGCUUAAGCUGUGUGGUGAUGAACCAUAGCCACUCUUGUUAGUCUGUGUCUUCAGAGCUGCACGGUGGCUUAUUGCUGGCUUUUAAAGGUGUUUUUUAACUUACAUGUUUUUUUUUUCUUAUU